AAGCCGCCCAGAGUCCCCCCUUGGGGGGAGGAGGGCGGGGACAAGUUUAAUAAAUAAACAAACAAACAAACAUAGAAAGGCAUUGGAGUUUGUGGAUUAGGUAAAAUUGGCUGUGAAAACUCCAAGUGUGGCUGCUAUACUUGAAAAAGAGAAUAUUGUAUGGAGGGCAUCAUGACCUUUCCUAGAAUUCUUGAACUUUUAUUUAACAUACACUUCUCGCUCUUCAUUAAAGCCUAAUGUUUGUUUAGAAAUCUCUGGAACUUUACAUGCAUUAUUUGUAGAAGCUUGUGCUUCAGGAAAAAAAAUAGCUUACUUGUUUGUGUGCAUCUGUUAGUAUACAACAAGCUACUUCAACUCAGUAUAAACAGAGUAAAAAGCUGACCUCAUAUUUCAGAAUAUUAUAUAUUUAUUUGUUUUUUAAGUUCUUGGACUGCUAAUGUUAGGAUAGGUCUAUGGGAAAGGAGAGUAAGAAGAUGAAGUAUUUUUGGUGGUGGAGAUCCUAGCAGGAUUCAAGAAGUAUAGAGGGAUGCCUAGAAUGAGAGGAGGUAUUUCUGCUUUUGUUUUUCACUAUCCUCAGGAACUGGGCUGCCCUGCACUAGAGGGUGUCUACCUGUCAGAGGCUGAAGACAUACAGAAAUUGCUAUUCAGUCCUUCGUCCCAUCGUUUGGACAUAUUGGAAUGGAUCUGUGUCAGUGUGUACCCACCUCUUCGAGAGCAGUUUUCAUCUCUCAAUAAAGAAUCACAAUCAGAUUUAAAGAUAAAAGGAAUGGUGAAGCUGGGGUAUGAUCUGAUGCUUUGUCGAGCUGAUGAUCUGGAUCUCAUCAAGGGGAGGGCCUGUGCUCAGAAGCAGCUCCGCUUCCUGGAACAGCUGAUGGCUGUGAUUCCACCUCAAAAUAACCUCAUGCUAUCAGACUCUGUAUCGGACUCCAGUAGUUAUUCCAGCACAGAGGAAUCUUUCCAAGAAAUAGCUAGGAAGAAUGAAGAGUUCAUGAAGCAGGUUUUCUCUAGCUCUGAUCUGCAGGCAGUGUUGAACCCAGAGUGUCAUCCCUGGAGCUCAGAUAUAAAGCCCCUCCUUUUGGGUGAAGAAGGACAACAGAAAAGGGCCCUGCUGUCAAUGACUUCUCACGAGCAAACUCUCUUGGAAGCAUCAGAGGAGCUGGAGAAGGCAGCAGCAGCCUUGGAAAAUCUAAGAGCACAAUGUUCCUUCCUGCAGGGGAGCCCCGCUGGUGCCGAUGCAUCCUGCAACAGUGCCACAGCUCUUCAGUCCCUCAAGCUGAUAGUAUCUGACUACAGCCAGCUGCUUACAGCCUUUGAACAAGUAUAUGAGAACGAGCUGCAGAAGCAUUGUGAGCGUCCUGCUCCUAAGCUGAGUCCUUGCGGCCCCCUCUUCCAAGCUGUGCACCACAAUCUGCUGCUGUGUAUGCAGGAGCUGCAAGGCCUGGCCCAGGUUACUGAAACCUCAGAAUGCAUUAUGGAGACAGUACAACGGCGGCACGAGCAGAAGGUGUUCUGGAAUGGAAGCGCCAUAGCCACGUUACCCUCAAAGCUUGAAGAACUGCAGCAGAAAUACAAGGCCAUCCAUACCAUCCUAAAAGACUCUCAGGGAUCCUGAAGAUGCAAUUUGUAGGUUAUUUCCAGAGGAAGGAAGAGUGUCCCUUCCUAGGAUGUAAAGGAGAGCCUGAGAAACAUUGUCAGUUUUUUCAAAUGUAAAUAUAUUUUCUGAAGUAUUCUUUGAAAAUUUAAAAAUAAAAUCUGUCUCCUUAGAAUGAAUAUU